AUGAACAACUACCGGCGGGCCAUGCAGAAGAUGGCAGAGGACAUCCUGUCGCUGCGGAAACACACCAGCAUGCUGGAGGCCGAGAACCGCAUGCUGAGGAGCCAGCUGACCCAGGAGGAGGGGGAAGAGGAGGAGGACAACGCCAACAAAGCCCAGAACUCCCCCACCCCACCAGUGUCCAUGAAGCAGAAACUGCUGCUGAGUGAGCUGGACCUGAAGAAACUGAGGGACAAAGUGCAGCAUUUGCAGAAUGAGCUGAUUCGGAAGAAUGAUCGAGAGAAGGAGCUGCUCCUCCUGCACCAGGCUCAGCAGCCACAAGCAGCACUGCUGAAGCGGUAUCAGGACAAGCUGCAGAAGAUGAAGGCGCUGGAGGAGACCGUGCGGCACCAGGAGAAGGUAAUCGAGAAGAUGGAGCGGGUGCUGGAGGACAAGCUGCGGGACAGGAAGGAGCCCCUGCUCAGCAGGCUGCAGGGAAAGCCCACCAUCGCCUUCCCCAUGCUCUCUGCCUCUGGCCGUCCCCCGGGGCCGACGGGAGAGAACCUGCCUGUGGACCUGUACUCAGUCCUGCUGGCAGAAAACUCCAGGCUGCGGGCAGAGCUGGAGAAGAACCGCCACCAGUCAGCGCCCAUUAUCCUGCAGCAGCAGGCGCUGCCGGUGGACCCCAGGGAGUUGGGAGCAGGAGGAGACCUGGCAGAGAGACUGCAAGAGACAGAUGGCCCAGGCCAGUCCAAGGGCACAGAGGCCCUGCCCGCACAGGAUCUCCUUGCCAGUACCUCAGACAAGUUCAACCUUCUGGCCAAGCUAGAACGAGCUCAGAGCCGGAUCCUAUCCCUGGAAAGCCAGUUAGAGGACUCGGCCCGACUCUGGGGACGCGAGAAGCAGGACUUGGCCACACGGCUGCAGGAGCAAGAGUACGGCUUGGGGCACCCCUCAGACUCCGUCAUCACUGGCCUGCCCGUGAGUGAUCUCUCUGGAGAAGCUCCGUGGGGUGCAGGCAGUGCGGCUGGCAGCCGCCAUCCCCGACCCCGAGUCUCUGGGCCCUGAGAAGAACUGUCCAGAAGACCUGCGCUCAGCUUCUGCCCUGUUACCAUCAGGAGCCCUGGCCUGGUCUCCAUGCCCCACCUGCCCAAGGGGAAUAGAA